ACUGUGAGCACUUUGUACUUGGUUGCAGAAAAUUACAGUGGUGCAGUUUCUCGGUGGCACUUUUUUUUUUUUUAGUUAGCCCUCCAUCCAGCAGAGAGGUAGCUUAGCCAGCGUUAGCAAACUUCAAAGAGGCACCUGAUCCACCACCUGGAGUUUUAUGUUGGCUUUUGAGAAGGAGGCAUGCAGCACCCGGCGAGUAUUUUGGAGGAAUUGCGCCAGUUUGUGGUGAAAGAAGCCCCGCCAACUGUGUUUUACAUUCCAGAUUUUAUAUCAGAGGAGGAGGAGGCGUACCUUUUACAACAGGUAUAUCAGUCACCCAGAACUAAAUGGACUCAGUUAUCAGGCAGGAGGCUGCAGAACUGGGGAGGACUGCCCCAUCCUAAAGGGAUGCUGGCAGAGAAGAUUCCUGACUGGCUUGAGAAGUACUGUGAGAGAAUUUCCUCUCUUGGUGCCUUCAGUGGCAAAACGGCCAAUCAUGUGUUGGUGAAUGAGUAUAAACAGGGAGAGGGGAUCAUGCCGCAUGAGGAUGGUCCUCUAUACCACCCUACUGUCACCACCAUCAGCCUGGGCUCUCACACCCUCCUCGACUUCUACCGGCCCAUCAGCAGCCAGGGGGCGGCGGGCCCGCAGACAGAGGAGAGCCGCUACCUCCUCUCCCUGCUGCUGAAACCACGGAGUCUUCUGAUCCUGCAGGAUGAAAUGUACCAGCACCUCCUGCACGGCAUCCAGCCCUGCAGCCAGGACACACUGACGGACAGAGUGGUGAACCUGUCCUCUGCUGGGGCCCUGCCCGGGGAGACGCUGCCCCGGGGCACCAGAGUGUCUCUCACCAUACGGCAUGUGCCAAAAGUCAUGAAGGCAAAGCUCAUCCUGGGGAGGAAAUGAAAAAAAAAAAGAAUUUGCCUUGUAGGACUGUAGAGCUGUAACAUGUUCUGUAAUCACAUGAUGUGUGCAAACAGCAGCUUCCAUUGGCUCUGUGAUGAUGGCCGUCACAUGUCGGCUGCAUUGAGAAUAUAUCAUGUCUGCAUUAAACGGUUCGGUUUCUGCUCA